AUGUUUGCCCGAGGAAGACUCGAUCAGUCCAGUAACCCCCAUUCACAUGUUUUCUCAGCAUCACGGAGCCUCCGACGUGGAAAACACCCCGAUUCCGACUCCAUUUCACCAUACGAUAACCCAGAAUCAUCUGAGUCCAUCCUUAGCGACGAAAGAUCUAUAUACAAUGCGAUCAGAGUCACCACACCAAAUGAUUCCAGCCCUCGUUUCUAUGCAUCUUUCUCCCAUGAUAACCCCGUUCACGAGCAAGGCUUAGCGGUAAACCUCGCCAGAUUCGUUUCUAUAGAUACACAGGAUGAUCAUACUCCUACCAAUGUGCCAGUCAAUGUGCCAUCCAGGCGAGGACGACGACAGGGGGUGGCAGGGAAGCUUGGGAAUCACACUAAGCUGUUAUCUGACCAGUGCUGGCAAGCCACACACCGGCUGAGAUCUCCUUUGGCUAAAAGGGCAGCGAUACCAGACUUCCAUCGGUCUUUGCAUCGUAAGGCUGUUUCUCUCGAUGCAAUUGAUAGUGGUAUCAGCAGGCCCAGAUGGCCUGGGAGCCUGGGGCCUGCAAUAACGACCGUCAAACCUCGAUAUCCACCACCAGAAAGAACGCCCACACCCCCCGGCCUUCCCUCCUUCGGCACGUCAGAGGCUAUGUCCUACUCUGCGCAGUUCAUGCUCCCAGACAACGAUGCACGAUCACCUGCAACCCUGCAACGUGGUGGUCCUGCAAGUAGUCAGCGUAGCAGUUCGUAUGGCGAUACCCUAAGGAGAUUCUUUGGCUUUUCGUCCUCUAUAUCUCAGGCUGGUGGGAUAUCCGUUAAUGGUAUAGGACGAGCCGAGGAUGGCACGCUAGUACAGGGCCGAUUUCCCCAUCGACAAAGUGGCCAUGGAAUGAACAUUGGUCGACGGCUGCAGGAGCAUCCUUUCCACCAACGCAAUCUUCCCAUUGCCCACCACGGACCCACAGACACAAGCCAUGAUUCUUAUGCCGAAGCUACACACACAAAGGGUGGUCUAGGGCUUCGCCCAAGCGGGCGUCUCCAGCCUCUGGCCUCCCGAUCUAGACGACAUUUCCCCUUUCCAUCGAGCCCGGCCCCUGCCGUGGUAAACCGCACAGCGCAGCCCAGAGCCACUGCAAUUCUCAGCUUGUCACGCAGUUUGACUAGAUCAGACGGUCCUGCGGAUCCAGUAGAACCUUCUGCCCAAGGGACUAGAGCAAUUGGAGACCAUCUACCUCCAAAUCCAUCGCGGUUGCAUUCCGUUUUCACGAUGGCUGUCCGAGGCGGUGCAGAUGAAGGCCCUCACGCAAGCACGCCCGUCUGUCCGGACGUUUUGUCGUGGAUGAAAUCUCAGACUUGCCUCUGCUGCUGCUCGGACAGUCAAGAGGAGGCGGAUGAUUCUCUCGGGGCAACCAGCUCGCGAGAAACAUAUGUUACCGCCCAGAGCCAGGUAUCGCCUGCUGGAUCUCAGAAUGAAAACAGUGAGGGAAAUACUCCUCUCCAUGACCUCCAGGCAUGGAUCUCAUCUCUGUACAGUGUCAUGUUUCCGACCCUUGUGAACUCUGCCGCUGUAUAA